ACACAAUGUUUUCUGUAUAUUAAGUUCAAAAUGAUUUCAGUUGAAUUUUAACACAAAUAGGAAGAUUAAGAUUGUUCAUGUGAUUUGGGUAUCAAUAACCAAUAAAAUGAUUUACUAAUCCUUAAUACAAUUUGUCCCUUAGAAGUGCUUAUCUAUUUUACUAAUAAUAUGGCCAGGCAGCUAGAAGUUCUCACCUAUGUGUUCAUGGAGCCUAGUGCUGCUGAGGAGUUAACUUUCUGCUGGAAUUACUGGAGGCUCCUACAUGAUGCUAUGGGAGACGUUGCCAUGAAUGACUGGGAACAAAUCUUGCUGAACUGUCCUGAGGCGCAACAUAUUGCUGAAGCCGGAGUCUACUUGGCAUACAGCAACAAAUGGAGCGUUGAUGCAGAUUAUCAGACGCUUGCAUUCCCAGGCUGCAAUGUUGAUGCCAUUGCACUGCUGCCUCACCAGCAGCCAGCUUUGCCCAGCGUCCAUCUCCUGGAUGACCCUGUGCCCCAGUCCUGGCGCCAGGUGGCUAGGACAUUCAAAGGAAUUCUUGAUCUGCGACUAUCAGAGAACCAUCAUUUGCAGCCGUGUGACCACAUGCUUGAAGCCUUGAACUUCUCGAGCUGCUCGUUGUCAUUGUUUGUUGGCUGUAUCAAGGAUUCGAACAGCAUCCAAUCCUUGGCCAAAGUCGUGAUGCCCGACUCAGACUUGUGGAUUGUCACGGAGCCACACGUUGACUUGAUGCCGCUGCAGAACAAGCACAGGGAGCUUAGUGCGUGGGUGAUUGUUGAACACACAUCUGAGGGCAACAUCGCUGCCCUGCCCACGUCUCCCCACAUCUUCCUUCGGGUGAAGUCUGUUGCCAAAAAUCAGCAAGAGAGUUUGACUCACACCUUACUUGGCAUGGCUCCUGCUGACAACAGGUUAAGAAGCCUGGAGGUGUAUGGCUGUGAGUUGACUGAAGCGCAGCUGCAGGAGACGCUGGUGGAACUGCAGCGCAAGAACCUCAGGACAAUCUUCCGGAAGCAGAUCGAGGAGGGACCCAGCCGAGUGCUGACAAUACGAGAGAAGAAGUAUGCGCUGAUUCUCACUGAUGAACCGCCGCUACCACCACAGGCAGAACCCAGCAGGCACGUCUCAUUAGAACAUGCCAAGUCACCCACCAGUCUCCCCGUUGCCCUCGCCGUCAGUGGAGAGAACCCCUCGGUGAAGAGAACCCUGGCCUCGUCACAGGGGCACUACUACAUGACUAUGUAUGCUCUGAACGUUGUGCUGCCACCCGCGUUGCGCUUAGUAAUGAAGAUCGUGUGUGCAGACAAGCCUUCAGAAGUUACUUACUUGGAUUAUUCCUAUACAAGGUACAAGGAGAAGAAGUGUCACGGACUCCUCUCAUACGUCUCGAACAAAUCACAUAUGAUGGACGCUCUCAACAAAUGUGAUUGUGAAGAGUUGGAUGUUCGUCCAUUCGAUGCUCAGCCUCUAAUUGAGCUAGUUUUCCUAUUUCUUAGCGGUUGUUCAAAAAUGUAUGGUAUUGAUCCCGCAAUUGAAGAUGCAGAAUACAAAAAUUUGGUGAACCUUAUGAGAGAAGUUCGGGAUAUUAGGACAAAAUGGCUCAUAGGCCAGAUGGAAAAUACUCCUGAAGUCAAUGGGGAGGCCAACAGGAUCAUUGACAUCGCAAUCGAGCUGGUCAGAGAGGCAGCUAAGCUGCAUCGGGUGCCGGAUGCUGAUGCUGUAGUUGAGCGGGCGGAGUACGCUUGUCUGUCACUCCUGGAUAAAUACGAUGAUGUGUAUAUUGAUGAUGAUGCUUAUGCUGCGGAUAUUGUAAUGAUGGAGAACUGGUCGCAGAGGUUUCUUGGGAAAGUUAAAGAUGAAGAAUUUAAAAAGCUACGUGAUUUAGGGUGUAUCGAAAUUUACGAGUCCCCAGACCACUGGUGGGUUGAACCUCUUCUGUCUAUUUUUGUCUCAAGAGAUCAUCAAUAUAAAUUUGAUGAAACAUUAAAGAAUGUAAUCUUUGGUAAGUUGCAUGGCGUCAGGAUCCUCUUACGGUGUCGUGAUACAAAAGCCCGCAGUUUUUCUGACGUUAUCGAGCAAAAUUUUCCUAAAGCCUGCAGCAAAAUCGGAGUAUCCAGCGUUGAAUAUAUUUUGAAGUAUCAAUAUCCACUUAUAUUUGUGGAUGCGUAUGAUGAAGCUGACGCCAUGUAUAGAGAAGUCAUUGAAGAAAUGGUGUACAAAUUCCAUAAAUAUCCCUGCAAGAUUGUCAUCAAUCACCGUUUUGUGGCUGAUUCUUUAGAUUCUAGCAAACCACUAGUACUUCCUUUGGCGCUGAAAAUGUCCAAGUUUCCAAAGAAUUUUAAGUUCUGUUAACUGCGUUGCUUCGCAAAUUUCGGUGCUCUUCAUUGUGUUUAUCCACUUAAUUUUGUUUCAUUGCAAUUCUCUUUAAUUCAUUGCAGGCUCUUAAUUCUAUUGCAGCGCUCCUCAUUUUAUUACAGCACUCUUCAUUUUAUUACAGCACUCUUCAUUUUAUUACAGCACUCUUCACUUUAUUUCAACGCUGCAAUUCUUAUUUAUUUUCAUUAUGUCGGCCCUGCUUGAGGAGUAUUAAGAUGUGCUGAUAUAAACCGUACUCGUUCGUAAGCCUUUCAGUGCUGCUGAAUUCAGCGUUAGUUGGACUGCGUAAUUUAGAGCAUUACUAUCGUACCUAGUGAAGGUAAAUUUGUACCUAUGUACCGUAAGAUAAAGGAGGAUAAAGAUGAAAUUGCGCAGCACUCAGGGUACUUACAAGCGCCAUCUAUCAUUCACGAGUACCAAGGGCCAGACUUGAUGUUUAUUAUCAACACACGCAUGUGUAUCUGAGAGUUUAGAUGUAUUUUAUUCUAGUUGAGAAAUAUACGAAUUCAAUUUAUUUUAAUGCAGUUACAAACUGCCUUAAAUACUAGAUAGAAACUGUCUAGAUUGACUAUAUUACUGUUUAAACUACAAUUAUAUUCUAAAUACCUGCCUAUGAAUCUCUAUCUCUAACAAUCAGCGAAAUUUAAUAAGGUAACUUAUAACUUAGGAAAUCCUCACGAACUUCCGCCUUGAAUACAUUGUGAUAUCCUGUUUGAUGGCUGCAAGGAAUAUUAGAUUAGGUUUAGGUUUUGUCAGAGCUAGUAAUUUCCUAACAAAUUUCUCGAUAUUACGAAGUCACGAAGCUUUUUGUACGCUUUAUCGAAGAUCAGGACUAAGCAUGGAUGUUUUAUAUUUAAAUGCUAUUUAUAUACUCACUUAUAAGUGCAUAGUAGUUUGAACGCUUCUUUUAUGGUCAUGCUUCUACGAAAAUCAGCUUUCGCAACUCUCUUCACUUUUUCUACAUUUUCUAUGAAUAUUCGUUCACUUGAAUCUUUGUUUUAGCUUCAUUCAGAAGUAAAGACCGAAUCUUUCUUAUGCUAGGUAUUAUGUAGGUUACUGAACGGUAGGAGCGACGUUAACCAUAUGAAUAUCACGUAUUUUUCAACUUUGUAAUAAACGUGUUUUCAUUC